UAGCCUAUGUAGAACCGCGUAGCACCAGCUUUGGAUUUUAACCAGCACCACCAGCCGAAGCGGCAAUGGAUCUCUUUGAAUUCGACUUUUUCAGAGACUGGGAGCUUGAACAACCAUGUCAUCUGGAGUCGGAUCGCAGCGCCCUGAAGAGGAGGGAGUGGGAGAGGAGGAACAGGAGGUCCAACAGGAUGAAGACCUGUUUUCCACUGGAUUCAACCUGUUUGGAGAACCCUUUAAAACCAAUAAAGGUGAUGCGUUGGCCAAUCGCGUCCAGAACACACUGGGUUCCUACGAAGAAAUGAAAGACCUUUUAACCAGCCAUUCUAACCAGAGCCACUUGGUGGGUAUCCCUAAAGGCAGCAACAACCCGCAGACCCCAACCACUUCAACGACGGAGAGGCCUGCCGUGGAGUCCCAGCUUUUUAACGACGCCCUGAGAGGAGGAACAGGCGGAGGAGGAGGAGAGGGAGGUGGGGACAAGAGGAUGGGAAAUGCUUCUUCCUCAUCGUCAACUUCAAUGCAACCUCCUGCUUCGACCGCAUCGUCAACAAGCGCCACAACGAUCCCACAUCAGAACUCCAAAAAGUCACGAAGCUCCAUAGACUGGUCAAGGGCAGGCCACGGACAGAGCGCCCAAGGAACAGGCCUGGUUCUAGGGUUAGCGCAGAACGGGCAGGGGCAGGUCACGACAGCUACGAGUGGAAGGGGGAAAAUGUCCUUACUAGAGGAACAGCAAAUGCAAAGACAUGAAGAGCUGUUCAGCUCACUAAAAGAUGAACUUGGUCUAAAAGGGGACUCAAGCCCUUCUUCUUCCUCGUCCUCCUCUUCCUCCUCUUCUUCUAGGAGGCACUCUUCGCAUCCCUCCAAAACACUUCCUCUCCCAGACGGUGGCCAUUUUAAGUCUUCCACUAACACAGAAAAUGGUGGACAUUUUAAAUCCUCCCCGUUUGAAAAUGAGACGGGUUCUCACCUCUCCACAUCCUCCUCGCCGCUGGCUUCCACAUCAGUUCUGACGACGCCUACACCUGGUCUAACCACUCCCACAUCUGGACUGACUACCCCCACCUUCCCACCUGGUAGCCUAUCAGGGAAGCCCAUCGCAAUCCAGCAGAAGCCUACAGCGUAUGUUCGACCAAUGGAUGGCCAGGACCAGGCGCCUAGUGAUUCUCCCCAGCUCAAACCCCCUCUAGUGGCCACAGAGGGAUUUAACAACAGUCAGGCUUACGGAGGAAACUCUGGGAAUGCGAAGAAUAAACUGCCAAAACUGAGCCUCAGCCACGCAGGGGAGGUCAGCCUACCAAAUGACUCCAGCUGUGUUGAAGAGAUUCUGCGGGAGAUGACACAUUCCUGGCCUCCUCCUCUCACUGCCAUACACACUCCUGGGAAGGCGGAUCAGACCAAGUUCCCCAUUCCAAAUAAGGAGUCACAGCAUGUGACCUCAGGCUACAACACCCAGAAGCGAUGUACUGUAUCAGCUAACAAGCCUGCUGCGAAACCACCAACAGCACCACAGAAGUCAAUGCUGGAGGAUGACCUGAAGAUCAGCAGCGACGAAGAAGAGGCCGAACAGCAGGUGUCCGACAAGCCCAAAGUCCGAGGCACAGCCCAAAGUGGAGCUUCAGGGAGCAGCAGUGAAUCAGAGAGCAGCUCGGAGUCGGACACAGAUGAAUCAGAGAGCAGCUCCAGUGACAGCGAGUAUAACCAGGCCUCGCGCACACACACUCCAGAGCCCGAGCCCCCCGCCGCCAACAAGUGGCAGCUGGAUAGCUGGUUGAAUAAGGUCCAAGCUCAAACCAAACCCCUGGUUCCCCCACAGCAAAAGCAUGGCACAGGCUCCAUCACCCAGCGUGCAGGGACUUUCUCUCCAGGGAGUGAAGCAGCAGGAGUGGGUACAGCUGCCAAGACCAAGCCCUGCGGAUCCAACAGCACCCCGGUUCCAGCUGCACCUACGGUGGAACACAAGGAUACAAGGGGAGCCUUCUGCCCAGCCAGAGAGAAAGCCAAGGCCAAGCUUAGCCAGAAGGCCUCCGGGGAGGCCCAGAGGUCAAAGAUGAGGAUGUCACCGGGCCUGUUGUCAGGGCCAGAGGUCACGACCCCAAGGAGGAUCACCACAGGGAAGAAACAGCCCAGACGGACGGAGAGGUCAAACAGUGUGGAGGAUAAUCAGAGCCAGACAUGGAGCAGAACAAACCAGCAUAGCCCUGCAGCGAAGGAGAAAGACCUGUUGCCCCCCCCCUCCCUGGAGCUUCAGAACCCCCUGAGGCCACGCAGCAAACCCCCCAGUGGGAAAACAGCCCCCAGGAAAGAGCCUCGCAGUGCUACCAACUCAAACAACAACACAGUAACUCCACCAGCGGCACUACAGCAAACCCCCGUUCCAAUACCUGCUGUCAGUGGAAACCAGCAGGACAAGAGGAAACACAGAGGUCCGAGCACCAAAAUCACACCCAAGUCCAGAGAAUUCAUCGAAACAGAUUCCUCCUCGUCCGAAUGCCAUUCUGAUUCAGAGGAAGCCAUCAAAAUCCCCACUCUGCCACCUCAGACCACACGCUCUGCGAUUAACACACAGACUCUGUCCAACACGCACGUACACACGCCUCUCCUCCCAUGCCUCGCCUCUGCUGGCAGUGUGGGAACAUUGGGAGGGAAGGGACUUCGAGUCAAAGAUGGUAGCAGCGUGACCAGUAAUGGUAGCAGCAGUAGUAAUAGUAGCAUCAGCGCUGGUGGUAACAGCACCAGUAGCUGUAACACCCUGAGCAUUAGCAACACAACUGGUUCUUUUGGCCCCUCUGUUCCUGAUCCUGGAGGGUUGGGAGGGCAGUGCAAAGAGCCCAUGUCGCCACCCUCCAACAUUGGACACGAGGUGCCUCUGUCCCCGUUGAGGGAAUACCAAGAGGUUCAGAGUUUAUGGGUGAAAAUUGACCUGAGCUUGCUCAGCAGGGUGCCUGGCCAGGGUCCGGUGGAAAGAUCCAAAGUGGGAACAUCAGAGAGGGACGGAAGUGAUGGGAGAGACGGGGAGAGACAGGGGGAGAGGGUCGGGGUGGCCGAGAGAGAAAAACAGAAGCAGGCUGAGAGAGAGAGGCAGAAGUUACCGAAAGGGGAGAAACAGGAAGAAGACAAUGAGCGAUUAGUGCAGGACAGAGAGAGGCAAGGUGACAGAGACAGAUUAACAGAGAGAGAGAGGCAGAUGGACAGAGAGGACAGAGAACGAUUGGGGCUCGGGGAGGGACAGAGGACGACGGGGAGGGACAGAGAGAAGGUGUGCCAAGGUCUGGGGGUCCUGGACAUCCCCCCUGUGCCGGAGCAGAGUAUUCCCAGGCUGGCAGGGAGGACGGUGAGAGGAGAGAACGGAGGCAAACACAGGAGGCAGGCAGCUGGAAACAUGGUGGUCCCCACAGAGAAACACACCAGCAAGAGCAAGAGGAAACACAAGUCGGACCACACUGACUCAUCAGUCAACGGCAAUAAGAAGCUGCGGUUGGACAAAGACUGUCAGCUCCUCCCACCCUGCAUCUCUCCAAUACACAACCACAAGAACAGCUCGACAGAUAGCUCACUAAACAGGAAGCAGUCUCGACGGCGCGAUGACAAGCUGCUUCCACCCCUCCUGUCCCCGCUCUCUGACGCUCCCCCUCGUAAACGAACCUGUGACAGCAGUUCUUCUCUCAGCCAGGAGGGCGGCGCCGCUGGGAUGCUGCCCUGCUCCUCCUCUUCCACUUCCACUUCCUCACACAGACACAGGCGAGGUGAAGGCAAGGCGUCAUCACAUGCAAGAAAUGGCAGCGAAGUUGAUACCAACGGCGAGAAGCCCAGCGGAGACGGUUACCAUGCCAACGGACAGUCAGACUCGGAGGUGUGGUCGGAACCGGUCGAACCUCGCCGGCCAAAACUGUCAUUCAGCGACACAGUCCACAGUGCAGACUACUACAUGCAGGAGGCCAAGAGACUGAAGCACAAGGCUGAUGCUUUGAUGGACAAGUUUGGUAAAGCGGUGAACUACGCAGACGGCGCCCUCUCCUUCAUAGAGUGUGGAAAUGCUAUGGAGCGAGAUCCACUCGAGGCCAAAUCCCCGUACACCAUGUACUCUGAGACGGUGGAGCUAAUCAGGUACGCCAUGAGGUUGAAGAACUUCGCCAGCCAUUCAGCCACCGUCGCUGAGAAGAAACUAGCUGUGUUGUGUAACCGCUGUCUGUCUCUGCUGUAUCUGAGGAUGUUCCAUUUGAAGAAAGACCACGCUGUCAAGUACUCGCGGUCGCUCAUGGAGUACUUCAAGAAUUCAGCCAAGAGUUCCCACCAAGCACCCUCUCCCUGGAGGACCAAUGGAAAGGUCAAUGGGACUCCAUCUCCCCUCUCACUCAGCCCCUCCCCAGCCAGCAGCGGAGGUGGAGGAGCGGGAGGAGGAUCUGGAGGUGCCCCGGGCUCGUCGGGAAGUGUGGCUAUUCCCCAACGGAUUCACCACAUGGCUGCCAGUCACGUUAACAUCACCAACAACAUCCUGCGCAGCUAUGAACACUGGGAGACGGCUGACAGACUGGCCACUGACAGCCAAGAGUUCUUCCAGGAGCUGGACUCAGUGAUGGAGGCGUUGAGUCAGCAGAGCAGCAUGACUGAGCUGGUCCGAUACAUCAGGCAGGGGCUGCACUGGCUCCGCUUAGAGGCUCAACUGCUGUAAGGACUGGACCCCAGCCAAAAUGUAAAAAAUAAAAAAUAAGAGAAAGAAAUGGGCCUUGGAGCUAGAACUGGGAUAACAAGUGAGAUGAGACUCAUGACGAUGCUUCAGGUCCCACUGGGAUCUUUCAAAUGACCCGACACCACCUACAGUAAUGUAACGGCGUACACUGGGUGGAUUAAUUGGGCUAAAAUUCACCUGCAAUUAGGACUGAACAGUAAUUAAGUUUGGGGGAUUUAUACUGUGAAUCACAGAAUACAAAUUAGCACAUUAAACAUUUGGCUGAUGCUGCUUUUUGGAGAAACUGUAUAUCAGUGCAGGUAGCUUAAAUUCCUAAAGGGACUAUAUAUGUCUCUGAAUAGAAACAAGAAGCAGAGAGGAAAGUUUAAAAAGUAUUUUUACUAAGACAUGAUCACUUUCAAAAAGAUAUAUGAGAGGCUGAUGUGAUUAAGGAGGCUGGAGGGAAGGAAGGAGCUCAACAGAGGCUCACCUUCUCCAGCAGUGGCCUGGAAACGUGUCUGUGAUUGGGACUAGAGUUAAAGCCUCAGGCUGAUAUUGAUCCAAGUGGAGUACCGGUCCAAUCCAUUAGUUAAGGACCACGCUGGGAAAGAAAAAGAGGCUCAGCUACAUCCACAGGAGCUGAAUUGAUGGAGGCUGAAGUUAGUCUCUGCGUCUGCUUCAGUCAGAAGCUAGAAGCUGCCUGUUGUGUAUUCUUACAGGAAUUUAACAACACACAGAAAUGAGGGAUACAAAACUGCUUUAUAAGAAGAAGUCAGUCAAAUGUUUAAAAAACGUUAGAAUCCUUAAGAAUUUCAUCACCUAAAACUAAGUGUUUGAUACUAUCUAUGGCUGGCAUUUAUCCUGCUAUAGCCAUUGAAUGUAUUUACAAUCGUCAGUUACCUUUCAUAUAGUAGUGUGCGUUGUCAGUGGCGGAGUCCGCCAUUCCUGCGCCAGAUUCGAGCGGCGUACACGUGCGCUGGGGAUUCACAGGAAACAUUUCACGCAAUUUGGAAAACCAAAGAUGGCUCACGCUUUAAUGCAAUGACAUAACCCAGAAGAGCAGAGCAGCUCUUCACGGGCAUUUUAAAGAGAAAGCAUAUUUGCGUCUGUACAUGUUUAGCUGCAGCAAUGACGAAGCUAGAUACAGACACACAAGUUGCUCUUCUUCUGUUGUAUUUCUGACAGACUAGCUGCUCAAAGAUCGUUUCCUGCCCCAGUCAACAAUAAAUGUGUUUUUUGGAAUGAAAUUUUAGGACUAGCAAUAUUAAGAGAUGCUUACGCUAGGUGUCGCUAAAGCGAACAGAAGUAAAGUCUUAAGGGUUAUCAUUUUAAAUCUAAAUUUGCUUCUUAAUUCUGGAUUCUGAUUAUUCACGUUUAGACCUCUAAAUGGGGCCAGUUGCUCUUUGAAAGUUUUCUAUACUAUGCCAAUAUGAGUUUAAAUGCUAAUACCAAAAUAAUAUAUAGAGAAACAUAAAUACAGCAGUCAUACAAGGAUUCUGCCGUAAAAAAAAGUCUGAAAUCAGAAAUCAAAGAAUAAGUAAACAAGAUAAUGAAUUUGACAUUUGAUGCCAGCUAUUCAUACUUGACAGUUUUUGAUACUCCUGUACAGUACUGUUGGCACAUAUUGGUCCAAAAAGGGUGUUGAGCUUCGAUACCCUAAUGUAGUGCAUCUAUCAGGAGCGCCUCACUCCGCCCAGCUGCCAUGGAGUGACUCACGUGUGAUCUGGAUCAGUGGUUUGUUUAAGUAGAAGCUGUACAAUCAAAUCAAGAUAACCCGAACACUAACUGAGCUAGACUGAGGAUUGGUCAAGAGGCAGGACGGGGAGUUAACAGCUCAGCAGAACAAGCACUCAAUUCACUCGUCCUACAAAUGAGGACUUUCUUCCAUCUUAAAAAGCAUCUGUCUGGUUCUUCUCUUACUGGUUAUGGGCUUUUGUGAAAUUCCACUCAGUUCUAUUUCCCAUAGUAACCCACCCACUAAGGUGUCAAACACUUACGGGGGGGAAGAAACUACAAGAUUCAGUGUGAUUUGGCUCUAAUUAAGCCGCCACCCACGUGCAGAUCAAGUAAACAGGGUGAAAGUGUCAUGUCGGCAUUUCUCCCCUGAUGUCGAAAAAUCUGUGCAGCGCUUAAUGAGAUCAGAUCCUCUGCUGGAUAUCUUGUAGUCGAGUCCCAACAUUUGUCGUGUUGUGUUGUUAGUGCGUAUAUGUGUACAGCUGAUUGUCUAUUUAAAUCCUUACCUGACGGGACGAUACUGAUGUGUGUACCAUAAUGUACAGACUGUUUGUUUUUGUUUUUUAGUGUCUUGUGAAUGAUUACUUGUGAAUGAAUGAGGAAGUGAAACAAGAAAAUAGGGUAUCUAUAUAUAUAUAUAUAUAUUUGUGUGUGUGAGCGAGAGAGUGUGUAUGACUGUGUGUGUCCAUGCACAGGCUUUGGCUGCAUUUACACAGCACCAAACAUAGUCAGACUUUUAACCCUUUGUGGCUCAUCGAAACAAGAGGAGAGUUUGUUUCCUUGUGGCUCCUCCUGUUUUCACAUGUGAUAUAAAGACUUAGAGUCUGGAUCUGUUUUCUACGCCUCUGUAAAUGCAGCACAUUGAGCAUGAGUUUUUAAGUUUUGGAUCAUUUGACCAUCGCUGAAUGUGUAUGGAAGACAAUGCGGAUGUGAAAAUUAAUUUUCACUUUGACAAAAAAAAAAAAAGAAACUCAAGUGCCUCUAUUUGUGUCCAGUGGGAAUUGCUCUAUUUAUUUAAGAACAAAGAAUUAAUCUAAAUGAUUUUCCAUACCAUAUUGGUAUAAAUAUGAGAUUGUUUUUCGUAAAAUCAAAUGUUUCCACAAGCUUUUUACUGGCGUUUAUAACGACACCAGGGUUUGGCUUUAAGACAAAUGUGUGAUUUAACGUGUCAAAUUUGCAUUCGUUGCUGGAGGUUUUUUUCUUGAUGAUUUGAGCAGGUAUGGGUUUGUCUGAAACGCCUGAAAAAUGUAAACCAUCGCAUGCAAUAAAUAAUAGCUUCAGACCAAGAACUACUUGUGUCCAUUUUGAAAAAGGAAAAAAAAAACAGUCAAUGUAUUUCUUGUUGCAGUCAUUUACAGUGUGAAUGUUCUACAUCACCUGCAAAUACAGAGUCGCUUUAAAUGCACAACGCAAAAGCUAACAGUCUGAUGGAGGUAAUAACGUUCAAGAACAUCAAGUCACUUCACAGGAAAGGUUCCACAUUUUAGGAAAUACGCUGCAUUCAGAGAGUUAGAUGAGAAGAUUGAUACCACUCGCUGAGUAUGAAGCUAGCAGCAGCUGCUUAGCUUAGCAUAAAGAAUGGAACCAAGGGAAACGGCCAGCUUGGUUUUGUCCAAUGGUAACAAGAUCUAUCUACAGUUCUAGCACCUCUAAAUCUCACUGACACAUCGUAUCCAGUUUGUUUUAGGGCUGGAUAAAAUAAGAAAUCAUUGGCUUAAUUAGAAUGUUUAUAUGUUUACAAGUUAUUUUAAAACAAUGUCCGGGCGUCAGUGUUAGAGAAUCUCAGCGCUGAUACGUACAUUUCUUGUCCGAGUGGGAAUGUUGACAUAGAAGUCUCGUUAUUCACGUCGCCUCAGUCUUCUGCUCAGCUAAGCUAACUAGCUUCUGACUCCAGCUCCAUAUUUAGCACACAGACAUAAGAGGCGUAACUCUCAGCGAGGAAGUGAAUGAGCGUAUUUCCCAAAAUGCAAAACUAUUCCUUUAAAAUGGACUCGUGGUUCUUCAUCUGUAAGCCUGAAACUCCUCUCCCUGUUGUUUAACAAAAAUGCCUUUUUCUAAAAUGAUUUGAGGUCAUGAAGCCAAAUUAGCAGAGUCCCAAUGAGCCAAUGAACUUCUACAACAGCCAACCAACAAAACCCACUAACUGUCAGACCUCCGUCCUUACAAGGCAAGAGUUGAUCCACAGUGUUGCUCAGUCCAAUUCAAUGAUGUUUGAUGUUGUUUUGUUUUAUGGUGAAACAGUGAUGUUGCUAUAUGGUUAUUGUUCAUUUCACACAAUGGUCCUUAUUUUGAUUAUAUGCAGCGGUACAAUAUACUUAUACAAUAAUAUGCUGUAAAAUGUCAAAAACAUUGCAUUGGUGACAUCAUGGGAAACAUCGGUUUCAUCUCACUAUGCUACAUGUCACAUGAUGGUAAAUGUUGAACUCAUGCAACAGUUCUGUUGACUAUAUGCAAUGUCAGUAUGUCGGUAUAUUCGGAGACAUUUCGGGACAGACUGCCUCAGCAUGGCCUUUUAUUCUGCUGACAUCUUAUUAAAUAUCUCAUUAGCUCCUGUUACAUUAUCAGUUGUCAACUUGUUUAUCAGAAGCAGCAGUGACAGAAUCAACGUCGCUGUUGGUGUGAUUACAAUAGAGCGCUAAACAGACUGAUUUAUAUUUUGACACCAGAUGGGUACAAGCCGAUAAUACGUUGAUAAUCUCUCCAGUAGUGAUGAGUGUCUCUAAUAUGUGUUUGCAUUUCAGAAAAUCACAGAUACACUUUGAUUGCUUAGGAAAGUGCCAAAACUGCCUCAUACAGUAAAUGAGCAGUAUUUAUUUAUAAGGAUAAUAAAGUUGUUUUUCCUGUGAUCUACCAUAGAGAUGCUUUUUUUCUUUGUUUGGUUUUUCCAUGUGCUUGUCCUGAGUUGUACUGUCAGAGUCAUGCGAGUAUUUAAGAGAGAUUAUUCUCUAUUUAUCCCAAAAAUAAUCAUUUGUUGGGGUCACUGGAGGGAGACACUAAUACACUGGCAGUAGCACACGGGUCAGUUCUAGAACAUAUCUGCUUACAUGUUACAUCAUCUUUUCUAAAUGAUGCUUAAUUACUAAGAAUAGACCUUUUUUUGUUUUUAAUUACUCCUGCUGUGGUAGAUUUCAAAUCUUCGGCAGUAAUAAAACACAGCACUUUGGCAAAUCAUUUUGUAAUAAGUCAUUUUGGGAAAUACGCUUAUGUGCUUUCUAUUUCGAGAGUUGGACAAGGUGAUUGAUGCCACUCCCAUGUCAGUGUGUUAUGUAUGGACCAAGAAACUAGAAGGCGAUUAGCCUAGCUUAGCAUAAAGACGAGACGGGGAACGGCCUCUCGCUAAAGUUCAAAUAUCUGCAUAGUAAUUCUAAAGCCCCCUAAUCAACCCCUUGUAUCCCGUUUGUUUAAUCCAUUCACUAAACAAACUGAACAUAUUUAUUAUUUUAUCCCAAACCAAGUAGUUUAGUUUGAAGUCACAGCGUUAAGCACUUUGUUCAGAACUGUGACCGUGCGUCCGUAUGUGUUUACGCUGACUACCUAACUUACGCCUUUCACUUCAUUUACUUAACAAACAUACUAUUUUAAGCCAAACCAUGAUCUUUUCCUAAACCUAACAAGUAGAUUUGUUGUUGUUGAACAUUGAAUUCACAACGUUAAGCACAUGUUUAAAACUGUGACCGUAUGAGACAGACUGAAUGAGAAUGGGACAUUAAAUGACAAGAAAAAGUAUAAAUUGCGUCGACAUGUGGCACGCUAUUCAUACGCCUUCCCAUGAGUCUCGUUAUUUAGCCUUGAGACGUACAGACCAAGGUAUUGAAUUUCUCUUGUUCUCGUAAAGAAAACGAAUAAGCUCCAUUUCUUUACCAGGCACUUUGUAUUGUAGUUGCUAUAAAGCUUGUAUCAGGAUAAUGUAGUAGGACUUCUGUAUGUAGUGGCCUUACAGAAGACAAACGUACAAAUCAUCAAAUUAAACUCAUCAGUAAGUUAGUCAAAGAGCUUAACUUCAACUAACAGUUAGACAGCCUUUGGAUGUUACAGUAAACAGGAAAACAUUAUAGCAGUAUCCUUUUAACCAGCCGACCAGUGAUAUUCCCUUUGAAGCCAAGGUUGCUUUGAUGCCCCAUGUGCAGUUAACUUUAAUAGCUAUUAUUGUAUCCUCGGACUCAAAAGUGUGAAAUCAUGCAGGGAUUCAAAAUGGCCCAGAUAAAAACAACCCAUAAAUCAGGAAGUUACAAAACGAGCUGUGUUGACGUUGAGCACGUCCUUCUGUUUCCAUGUAGAAUAGGCCCAGCUCAGCUUACUCUUAUGUAGCUGUUUUUAAACGAAGCACUUCCCCACCAUCAGUGGUCAUUAGGGCCUGAUUUUAUCAAAACAAGCCUUAAUCACAAUCCUCGACUGUAAAUCUGCUGAUUUGAACCUAAAUCAGCAGAUUCACAGUCGACACGAUCCUCGUGAUAAUCUACUUUAUUUAUUUCAAGUAUACAACAGAAUCAAAAUUAAUGUGGCAUUUAUUGAUGUGAAAAUGCUACAUGGCAAGUGUUGGGCAUCCCAAUGUGUUAAAAUGAGCGUGUUUUAAGACAGACUUUGGUGGUUUUAAGACGGGCAGCAACACGGUGCCUCAGAAAAGUCGUAGGCUAAACGCAACGUUGUAAAGAUUUCUACAAAACAACACCUGAGAACACGUCUGUCUAACAUGGAUCGCAUUGUGUUUUUAAAUGUGUUGCACAACUUCAGCCGUUUCUUUCUGUUUCUAUCAGUGCUAUCUUUUGGCCUUUUAUAUGGUUCUUUUUAUAAUGAAGUUGUUUGUGAUGAUCAGAAAUUGUGAUGCAGUUCCAUUGUUUUUAAAUAUUUAAUGUCUCUAAGAUAUGGAUUAAAAUCUGUUUGAACCAGUG